GUACAGGUGAGGACAGCAAUUCGAGAGAAGACAACAUGUGUCAGAGAGGCUUUGUGCCUCCAGUUAGGUGUCGAGCAGGAGAAGCCUGUGUCUGUGUAAGGGUUUAAAUACAACAGCAUGACAGUUUUCAUAUACAUGAAGUUUAAUAUUGUCUAUUUCGUCUUGGCCCAGGGCCCCGGAGGUCAUUCUGGGUCUGGUCUACAUGCAGCCAAUAGACAUGUGGUCUCUCGGUCUAGUUGCAGCAGAACUUGCCCUGGGAUUCCCGCUUUUUCCAGCAAACCAUGAAUUUGACAUGAUGAAGUUUAUCGUGGACACCCUGGGUCAGCCACCAGAUUAUCUGCUGAACUGUGGACAAAGAAGCAACCACUUCUUCAAGAUUCAGGGCAGCUACAACCAGCACACCUGGAGACUGAAGACUCCAGAGGACUUUGCUGCAUUUACUGGGCACCAUUUCAGAGACACCAGAAGUUUUCGCUCUCUGGAUGCUUUAGAGAAGCUGUUGUAUUUUAAAAACAAGGCCGAGAUGAAGGAGGUGCCACACUUUGUGGACCUCUUAAAAAAGAUGCUGAUGGUGGACAAAAAUGGACGAAUAAUACCCCUGGAGGUGCUGGAGCAUCCAUUCUUCUCUGUGGAGCAGCACACUGACAGCACCCAAAACAUAGCCAUUACAAACCUGACAAUGAACAUGGAGGAGCUAAACGUCAUUCAGGAGCCUUCCUUACAGAGGAACAGUAUUGCAUCCAAGGAUUGCAUGACUCCUCAUGAGGAAACAGUUUUUACCUGUCCAGAAAACAUCUCUGCAAAGCUGGAGGAUGAGGAGGAUGUAGAGGAUGUAACAGCACUCAUCCAGCCUGAGGUCGUGGUGAAUCUGCAGACAGAAGCUGUCUCCACCGUGGAAAUGAAAAGCCAUGAAUCAACAUAAUAACUUUAGUAGCCUAUUUUUUAACUUUUCAAUGUCAUUUGUCAAUAAACACAUGGACUGACUUCAAAA